AUGGCAACUAGACAUCUCAACGAGUUGCUGGAAAGAGACACAAUUUGGUGCUGGGGUGCUGCGCAAGAUGAGGCAUUCAGAAAGGUGAAGUGCUUAAUCACAGAUGCUCCUGUCUUUGACUUUUACAAUUAUACAAAGCCCACGGGGGAGGGGUUGCUGCAGAACCAUGACGGACAGCUGAAACCGGUGUCCUACUGCUCAAGGGCGCUGACCGAUGCUGAGAAAAGGUACGCACAGAUUGAAAAGGAGUGCCUGGCAUCUGUGUGGGCCUGUGGAGUCGAUGAGCGUAAUCGGCAUCUCCAUGUGAAUGCAGAUCGCUCCCGGGGAGACGCUGAUUAUGCUGUUUUCCACACCACCUGUAUCAUUUUCCCCAAACCUGCUUUACAGUAUGUUGUGGAGGUGGAUGCAUCGGAGGUGGGGGUUGGUGUAGUUCUCACUCAGCGCACUCCCUCAGAUGGUAAGGGACCUGGUGCUCUCGCACCUCAGCAGGCUAGGGCUUCGGGUCAACUGGCAAAAGAGCAAGCUCCUCCAGGUUCAGAGGAUCUCUUUUCUCGGUUUCAAUGGACUUUGGCCAUCAUGCCGAUCUGUCGCUGCCUUUUCAGCCGUUGGAAUGACCUCACAUUUCUACGGGCAGGUGUUCCCCUAGAACAGGUCUUCAGGCACGUCAUGGUUCAGACCGACACCUCCGAGACAAAUCCGGUGGUGAACCUGCACGUGCUGCCCCAGAAGGAGGCAGACCAAGCCUUGAGGUUGCUGUGUCUGCAGCUGCCACCUCAGGCAGACCCAGUUCAGAAGUGUAAUGUAGAAGAUUAUGAAAAGGUGCAGUGUGGAGAGCCUACAAUUACUCCUGCAAAUUGUGAAGCUAUAAACUGUUGUUUUGAUGGACAGCAGUGCUACUAUGGGAAAGCAGUGACUGUCCAGUGUACAAGACAUGGGCAAUUUGUAAUUGUGGUGCUAAGAGAUUCAACUCUUCCAAGUCUAAACUUAUUUAGACUUACCAAGUCUAGACUCUAUUAGGGUGGACGUGAUCCUCCUUGUGGUCCUGUUGGCACAACUACAGCUUUUGCCAUUUACCAGUUCCCUGUCACUGCUUGUGGCACCACAAUGAUGAUGGAUUCUGACUAUCUAGUUUAUGAGAACAGAAUUACUUCUUCCUUUGAAGUAGGUGUUGGUCCACUUGGUGCAAUCACAAGAGAUAGUCAUUAGAGUGAGCUCCUCUUCCAGUGUAGAUAUUCUGGGAGUAGUAUUGAAGCACUGGUUGUUGAAGUCAACACAGUUCCUCCACCACCUCCUGUUGCUGCUCUAGGCCCCCUGAGAGUGGAGCUUAGACUGGCUAAUGGGCAAUGUUUUGCAAAGGGAUGUGUGGAAGAAGAUCAGGCAUACUCCACAUACUACAGUGAUGCUGAGUAUCCGGUGACCAAAGUCCUGCGGGAGCCAGUCUAUGUAGAAGUGCACAUUCUAGAGAGGACUGACCCCAAAAUUGUACUUACUCUGGGUCGCUGUUGGGCAACUUCUAAACCUGACCCUGUGAGCCUGCCCCAGUGGGAUCUUCUUGUGAAUGGAUGUCCUUACCAGGAUGACCGCUACCUGACCAACUUUAUUUCAGUGGAUCAGUCUUCAGGUCUGCAGUUUCCAACCCAUUACAAACGGUUCACUAUCAAGAUGUUCACAUUUGUGGACUCUGCAACUAUGGCUCCAAAGAUGCAGAUGGUGAAAUUUACACUUCUGAAGCUCUGUUUUAUUCACUGCAGUACAUCAGUUUGCACUCCAACUACAGUAGACUCCUGUGUUCAGAGUUGCAACAGAAGGAGUGAUUCUGUUGCAAAAAUACAAAAACUGAUGACCACGACCACGAGCACGCAUGUCCAGAAUCUUGUGGACCCUGUAGAUGGGAGCGCCUUCAACGCGAACGGGGAGGGAAGAGGGACGAGUGGGAGCACGAAGAGCGGGCUUAACACAGGAGAUGUGGAAAACUGGGUGGACGCGGCGCAGAUAGCGGGUGAGAAGAAGUCGCACCGCGACGGAACUAAUAACCUGCGAGAUGUAGAACGGACCGAUGAAGUGCGGAGUCAAUUUACGAGAGACAGACUUAAGGGGAAUGUUGAGAGUGGAUAA